AUAUUUUAAAAAUCUGAAAUCCAAUUCAGCUCCAUAAACUUAAAAUUGAAUGAAUUUGCAGAAGAUCCAUUACGGGAAGGGAAGAAGUAGAUAGUGUAGCUCUGUUAGAGUGACAGAUUGAAGUGAAAUGGUGAAAGUAAGCAAAGAGGUUAUGCAAAAAGCGGCGACACUACUCUCCGAUUUCCUCGUUUGUCCUCUCUCCAAACAACCCCUCAGGGUUUGCGAGGAAUCAAAUUCCCUUAUCAGUGAUGCUAUUGCCGUUUCAUUUCCCAUAAAGAAUGGGAUACCUUGCUUGGUUCCAAGAGAUGGGAAGAUACUUGAGGAAGAAGAUGAAGAUGCAUCAAAACCAGAUAAUGAUGCCAAUUUAUAUGCAGGAAAUGAAGAUGAUAAGGGAAGAAGUUCCUAAGAGGAUGAUCUGUGUGAGACGCUUAUGGUUUGAUAUUUAGUUUCACAGGGAUUAUGUUGCCCUCCCCUCACUCUUCCUCGCGUCUCUUUCUCCACAUAAUGAUCAAAUUCUCUGUGAACACGCUGUUGAUAGAAUUGUGUGUGACAGAGAAGUUAUCUUUUAACACUCCCAGGAGGACUGAAGUAUGAUUCUUCCUUCUUUGAAAAUAUUUAUGAAAAUAAAUCUCAGUUUCCCCUUCCCCUUCACUGGUUGAAUAUUUUAUCCAAGCUGAGUGACUGAUUUGUAUCUCUUGGACCUCUCUCUUUAACUUAACGAUGAUUCGAAGUUUAAACUUCA